AUGGCUGUCGUAUACAGCGACGUUGAGGAGUAUGACCCGUUGGCUCGUGACGACUACGGGACGGCAGAUUGUUCGGAAUUGACCACGCACACCGUGUCCAACGCGUUCUUCGAUGGCCCAGUCGAUGAAGCGGGCGAGCCCGUGGACGGCAAGGAGGACAAGGCCGAGGAAGAAGAACAAUUAAAGACGGUGGAUCAGAAAGAAGACAGGGUGAAGGCUGAUGAGGAUCUGGGAGAUGUGAAGGAGGCUGAGGAAGGUGUCAAGGAGCAAGAGCAUGUGGAGCCGAAAGUAGGGGACGGCGAGGAAGAGGAGGAAGAAGAGGAAGAAGAAAUCCCGCCCACGGUCAAGGAGGUCACAUUCAUCAACGAUGUGCCAAUCUACAAGCCCAAUCACCUGCUGAUGGACGAGAAGAACCACUACAAGUGUGUGGUCUACGAGCGCGUCGGCUUUGACGACAAAGUCGGCGGCACGUACCUGGUGACGGCCCACGACAAGGAGAUGGUGUUGCGCGUCGAGAAGAUCCCCGGUCGCAUCAUCGGCCAAGAGCUCGAGUUCCUCAAGAAGGUCGAGGCCGACAACAAGUGGCCAUACUUUUCGCAGCUUCAUAGUGGCUGGAACGCCGACGGCUACGCUUUCUACAUGCUGUACUACAGGCCUGGACCCAGCUUCCGCCAAAUCCGCGACUUCAUGAACUACCGACCGCUGAGCCAUGGUUCGGCAGCCCGUCUGAUGCGUGAUGUGUUCAUGUGCAUCCGGUACGUGCACAAGUACAGCAUGUUGUUGCGAUGCCUCGAGCCGGAGAUGUUCCACUUUGACGCGGCCGGCCGGAAUCUCUUCCUCAGCGACCUCUCGACGAUCCGUGCCGACCCCGGGAAGCGAGACUGGUCGAUUCCUGUCAGCUGGGCCGGCGGUCCCCAUUACGCUCCAACUAACACCGGCUCGGUGCGCGCACGGGACGAGAUCGAAGCCUGGCUGUACUUCCUCAUCGAAAUGCUCGUCGGCCAGCUGCCCUGGACCGGAAAACCCUACGACAAGAUUCACCAAAUUAAAAUGGAAGCCGUCCAGGAUGCUGGUCUCGUGAAGGGGCUGCCUUUUGUUUACACCGAGCUCUACCACCACGUGAUGGCCCUGCCCAACACCAGCCACAUCCCCGAAAAGUGCUACAACGAAAUUGAGGAAUUCUGCGUUCGAAUUUAUGAGCAGGUCGGCGGGGUGACGUCGCACGAGGACAACUUUGACUUUGAGCGCGACCCCCUCGAGACUGAGCUCCCCAAAUUCGUCAUGGAGAGGAGCGACAAGAUCCCGGAGACGAUCCCCGAGGAA